AUGCCCAACGAUGAUGCAUUCAGCAAGCCCUCCGCACCGGCGGAGGCCCCCCACGCCCCCGGCGCACCGCCGCAGGGAAAGGCCGGGGGCUUCGCCAAAGCGAGCGGGCAGCUACUGGGAACCUCGAGCUCCGGAGGCGGGGGCAGCGGCGGUGGCGGCUCAGGGGCAUCUGGUCUGGGCGCGGGGAGCAAGAAGUCCCCACGGCUUCCCAAGUGCGCUCGAUGCAGAAACCACGGCUACGCAUCGCCACUCAAGGGCCACAAGCGCUUUUGCAUGUGGCGCGACUGCCAGUGCAAGAAGUGCAACCUUAUCGCGGAAAGACAGCGCGUGAUGGCCGCGCAGGUGGCCCUGAGAAGGCAGCAGGCCCAGGAGGAGGAACUGGGGAUCAGCCACCCCAUCCCACUGCCCACUGCAGCUGAGCUGCUUGUCAAGAGAGAGAACAGUGGCAGCAACCCGUGCCUGAUGACUGAGAGCAGCAGCUCCUCGCAGCCACCGCCGCCGGUGAGCACUCCCACCACCACCACAGUGUCAGAUGGACGUAUGGUUGUCCAGGAUAUUCCUGCUGUCACCAGCAGAGGGCACGUGGAGAACACACCUGAUUUGGUGUCAGACUCCGCCUACUACAGCAGCUUUUAUCAGCCAUCUCUGUUUCCUUACUACAACAAUCUGUACAACUACCCACAGUACUCCAUGGCCUUGACUGCUGAUUCCUCUUCCGGGGAUGUGGGAAACCCCCUUGGGGGAUCCCCGGUGAAGAACAGUCUUCGGAGCCUCCCAGCACCUUAUGUACCUGGUCAGGCCGGAAACCAGUGGCAGAUGAAAACCUCGGACAACCGCCAUGCCAUGAGUUCCCAGUACAGGAUGCAUUCUUACUACCCGCCUCCCUCCUACCUGGGCCAGAGCGUGCCCCAGAUCUUCACUUUUGAGGAUGGCCCUGCUUACCCAGAAGCCAAAGCGAGUGUAUUCUCGCCACCCAGCAGUCAAGAUUCUGGCUUGGUUUCCCUCUCCAGCAGCUCUCCUAUUAGUACCGAGAGCACAAAGGGAGUGCUUGAAUGUGAAUCGGCCUCGGAGCCCAGCAGCUUCACGGUUACUCCCGUCAUCGAGGAGGAUGAGUAAGCCAUGCCCAUGCCUGUGGUGGUUCACUUGGAAUAGCAGGCUUAUUCCAUGUAUACACAGGGUUUGUCGUUAAUAUUUUGCCUUGGCUUAACUGUUGAGAACGAGUUUGGUUUAUACUCAUUAGGUCUUAGCCCAGAGGCUAAAAUACAUUUGGAAUAGUUUAGGAUUGGUGACUACCAUUCCCAAGAGUUAAGUGGUUUGCUCAUGGAAUCAAAACACUAAAUAGUAGGGUCCUUCAUUUUUUAUGGCACAGAUUUAUGUGUAGUUUUCAAGAAAUACAGUAAUUCACUCAAGUAAGAAAUAUGUUUGCAUCUAAAUGUGUCAUAAUUAUUAGAUAUGUUAGUUUUAAAAUGAAAUCGUAGGUACUUUAGAUAUUUUUGAAUUUUAGUAUUUUCAUUAAAAUUUUAGAAAACAUAAAUUUAGUCUGACUGGUGAGAAGAAAAGAGCAAAGUUAGUGAUGGUUUUAGAAAUCUACAGAAGGUCAGUAAGUGGAACUGUAUGUUUGUGUUGCUGUUGGAAAAGCCUAGCCCUUACCCCAUAUCCUCAAAACAUGUUCCCUUUCCAAAACAUGACUGAAAUACAGUCAGAAGAAAAAAAUAUUGCUCUUAGGAAUUGCUACCUUUUCUGUAAAGAGUAAGUUGACAACAGUACAAUUUAAAGUAACCCCAGUAAGGCAGAGUUCCUGGCUGUUUCUAGAAUAAUAUAAGAGUUUACCAUAUACAUUCUUUCUACUACAAGAAAAAAAUGGAUGCAAUCUAGAUUAUUUUGUAACCUUAGGUUGUAAUCUGAUUUGAAAAUAAGUACAUCUUUAAAAGUUACUAGAUAUUUCUGAGUUCAUUAUUUUGUUAAAGAUUGCUUGUGGUAUACUUCCUUAUGUAACAGAAGCCAUCCUGAAAUGAAACUAGUCUUAAAAAAUUCAUUGUUCUGUAGUUGCAGCUGUACCUGAAAUAAAAAUGUUAUUGAUGACUGAAUUUUCUUGUGUGUAUAUUUGGUUAGCUAUA